AUGCGUGCACUCGUACUCGUCGCCCUAGCUCUCGCAGCCGUCGCACGCGCCUCACUCCCCGACAACGCCGCCGACCUCCCGCUCACCUCGCUCCUCGCACUCGCUCAGGACGCACUGGCGCAGGGCAAGUCGCACGACGCUCUCUCAAUCUACGACCACUGCCUCGAGCGCGAACCGGGCGACUUUGCGACCCUCUACAAACGCGCGUCUGUACGCCUCGCGACCGGCCAACUCGCCAAAGCCAGGGACGGUUUCCUCGAUGUCCUCAAGGUCAGGGAGUACGAUGUCGUGCACCUCCAGCUCGCCAAGAUCCAUGCCAAGCUUGCCGAAUAUGCGGACGCAAAGAGGGAACUCGACAUCUACCUCAAGACGGCGAAGAAGGAGAAGGGCGCGGCAGACAAGGAGGUCAAAGAGGCAGAGGAGCUGCGGAAACAAGUCAUCGCAGCGCAGAAGGAGUUUCUCGCCGCCGAAAAGGCCCGCUCGUCGACUCCUCCCAACCUCGACCGCUGUCUCGCCUCGACGUCCUCCGCCAUCCACCUCUCUCCUCAAUCCCUAUCCCUCCGCCUCCUGCGCGCCGAAUGCGCCCUACUCUCUCACGACUUUGACUCCGCAAUCGGCGACCUCUCGCGCGCAUCCGCUCUCUCCCCUACGCUCCCGCAACACCUCCUCGUCCGCAUCGCUCUCCUCUCGGCAUUCUUCACCGACCCGCCUCACUCCCGACCCGAGAUCUCUCCCGACGCACUUCUCCCGCUCAAACGCUGUCUCUCGUCUGACCCGGACUCGAAGACCUGCGCGAAACCGCUCAAGCAGCUCAAGGCGCUCGAGAAGGAUCUGGCGAAGCUGCGGAACUGGAUCGACGGCGGGAGGUGGACUGAGGCUGCGUUGGAGAUUGCCGGGACCUCGAGCAAGGAGGGCGUCCUGGCUCGAGUCGAGGGGAUGUUGGAGGCGUACCGGAAGCCUAUCACCCGUACAGCGAAGGUAGACGAGACCCCGCUCCCCGCUGACGACCCCAACCUCGGCGACUUCUCCCCCCUCCGACGAAUCCUCCACUCCACCCUCUGCCACGCCUACAUCUCGAUCUCCUCGCGCAAGUCUUCCGCCGCCUGUUCCGCCGCUCUCAAGCUAGAUCCUGAAGAUCCGUGGGGAAUGGUUGGACAGGCGGAUGACCUGAUGAAGAAGGAGGAGUGGGAGGCGGCGGUUAGGGUUUUGAGUGCGGCGUUUGAGGCGACGGGACGCAGCGAGAGGACGAUACUGGAGAGGUUGCAGAAGGCGCAGAGGUUGCUCAAGCAGAGCAAGUCGAAGGACUACUACAAGAUCCUCGGCGUCUCUCGCGACGCAGACGACAAGACCAUCAAGCGUGCCUACCGGAAAGCGACGCUCAAGGCGCACCCGGACAAGGAGGGUGGCAGCGAGGAGAAGAUGGCGCAGCUGAACGAGGCGUACGAGGUGUUGAGCAACCCAGCUUCGCGCCCGCUUCGACGCCGGCGACGACCCCAACGACCCAACCUCGGGCCGUGGCGGCGGCGGAUUCCCAGGCGGUUUCUCCUCCGGCGGCCAACCGAUCUUCUUCCAGUCCGGUGGAUCAGGCGGUGGCGGACCUGCGUUCCAGCAGUUCUUCCAGCAGGCGGCUGGGGCGGAUGGCGGGGGACAGUUCUUUCAGCAGUUUGCGGGAGGGGGAGGAGGAGGAGGAGGAGGCGGACAGCAGUUCCAGUUUAG